AUGGCGUCGAGUCUGUCGUCCCUGGCUGAAAAUUUGCUUACACCCGAACAUGAGAAAUUCCGUGAGACAGCCAAACAUUUUGUCACCGGAGAUAUGCCGCUCGUGACUCGUAAGGGGGUGUACCCGUACGAGUACACGGAUAGUUGGGAGCGGCUAGAGGAUACUAGGUUACCGAGUAAGAGGAGCUUUUACAGUACGUUAACAGAGACCGGGAUUAAGGAGAGCGAAUUUGACCAUGCUAAGGAGGUAUGGAGUCAUUUUAACUGUAGGACGCUCGGUGAUUAUUCCGACCUGUACCUGAAAAUUGACGUGUUACUGCUGGCGGAUGUUUUUGAGAACUUCCGCGACUUGUGUAUGAAGACGUAUAACCUGGACGCCGCCCAUUAUUUCACCGCCCCAGGCUUAAGUUUCGAUGCGAUGCUUAAGUUCACGGGGCAAAAGCUCCAGUUAUUGCAUGAUUACGACAUGUUGUUGAUGUUCGAAAAUGGUAUACGUGGAGGAUUGGUGCAGGCGAGCAAGCGAUAUGCGAUGGCAAACAAUGUAAAGACUCCGGGGUAUGACGAAACGAAGGAGAAAUCGUGGAUCAUAAUAUGA